UGCAGCUUUCAAACAAGGGUGUGUCUGCGGCCACCAUCAUUACAGCUUCAAUGAAAACACACCGCUCCUAGCUACGAGGCUACUAACACUGUUUAGCUAAUUCAGCUGACAGCGCGUGCCCCCGCCGUAGCUUACCUCGACAUUUGCAUGACCUGGGAUGUCUGCAGCCGACUGGUACGCUCACAAAUCGCUCGGAGACGGACUCUUCUGGAUCCAGGAGCGAUUUUAUCAGUCGGACAACCGGGCCAACAUCUGGUUGCUCCGCGGUUCGCACCAGGACGUGGUGAUAGACACCGGCCUGGGGCUGAGGAGCUUACCUGACUACAUUGACUCCAAGGGGCUGCUGGGAAAAGACCCGCAGAGGAAGAACCCGCUGCUGGCCAUCGCCACCCACGCCCACUUCGACCACUCGGGGGGUCUGCAUCAGUUCCAACAGGUGGGCGUCCACAGCGCGGAGGUCGAUGCGCUGGCCAACGGAGACAACUUCGAGACGGUCACCUGGCUGAGCGACCGGGAGAUAGCUGAGCGCCCCAGCCCGGGAUGGAGAGCAAGGAACUACAAAGUGAAGGCUGUCCAGCCCACGCACAUACUGCAAGAGGGGGAUGUCAUCAACCUAGGCGACAGACAGCUGACCGUUCUUCACAUGCCAGGCCACUCUCGGGGAAGCAUCUGUCUGCACGAUCGUGACAACAAAUUGUUGUUUAGUGGCGAUGUUGUGUAUGAUGGCUCCAUGAUCGACUGGCUGCCCUACAGCCAGGUCAGUGAUUACAUCAGCAGCUGCGAGCGCCUGGUGGGGCUGGUAGACAGCGAGCAGGUCGACCAAGUUCUCCCAGGACACUACAACACAUUUGGGGCAAAGCGGCUUCACCGCAUCGCAUCCUCGUACAUCAGCAGAGCCGGAACGUGCCCCGCCAAGUUCUCCACACUCACCUGGAGGACCCUGGCUGGGUUUGCACUGCGGAUGUCCAACCCACACUGCGCCUGCUAAUGGGAGCGGACCACCGGAACGUGGAGGACUUCAAAUGAUGUGAAGAGGGGAAGUACCCCUCCUUUAUUUGUAAAAUACGCGUAACUCUGUUUAUUCACUUAUCUAAGAAAUAAAUGUAUUUGCCAAACUUGAUGUAAAAAUUACCCUACUGGGUUCUGGAAGCUUCACAGAAGCAAAUAUUACAUAGUAUUUAAGCGUUAUUGAAUAUGUAUUUGUUGGUCUUAUUAGAUGGGUGUUUAACAUAUUAAGCACAUGGGACAAUAUUAAAGCACAAUGGUAUAACCAGGCAUGAACAAAACAGGGGUCCUCUAAGGCAUUUCAAGCAGUCGUUAUGGCCAUAUUUUCUCUAUGCACUUCAAAUGCUCAGAGAAGACCCAGUGCUGACUACCUCCUAUGUUUGUAAUAGUGCUUUGUACCAAGUAGUCAACAGCUUCGCCAUGGAAGUGCUGACAAUAAAUUCUCAGCUCCACUGGCUUUGAUUUGAGUCUGCAGCCUCUUCUGCAAAUGGAAUUACAUAAGUGGACAUCUGAUAGGAUUUGUUGCCAGAGAAAGAAGGAAACUGAAGGAAGAAGAAGAGGAGGAGGAAUGGGGAAUGAUCUAUCACACAUUUAAAGUGCCAAGUACUUACAGCACUUUUCUGAUAUUAUGGUGGGCUCUUACACUGCAUGCAGAAGUGCUCGCCCGCAGUGCAGAAGGAAAAUCAAUUUAUAACAGCUCUGUAAAACAAAGUAGUCGAAUGUUUCAACAUGUUCUUCCACAUUAAA